AUGAAAUAUAGGUCAACACGCGGCUCCCCUAAAUCACUUAGCUUCUCGGAAGCCGUCUUGGUAGGUCUUGCUGAAGACGGUGGUUUAUUCAUUCCUCAUUAUAUUCCUAACCUUCCUAUCGAUUGGCGUACAACCUGGCGAAACAUUCCUUACACAACUCUUGCCCAUAAAAUCUUUUCUUUGUAUAUUCCUAGCUCGGAAAUACCUUCAAAAGAUCUAGAAAACAUUAUUAAUCGCUCGUAUAGUAGCUUCAAAACACCGAAUUUAUACCUUUUAGAGUUAUUCCACGGACCAACAUUCGCUUUUAAGGAUGUUGCUCUACAGUUUUUAGGAAAAUUGUUUGAAUACUUUUUGGAGAAACAGAACGCAAAAAAAAGUAAUGCUGAAGAAUUGAACAAAAUUACUGUUUUAGGAGCAACUAGUGGGGAUACUGGGGGUGCUGCCAUUUAUGGGGCAGAAAUGACCACUGUACCAGACGACAAUGUUCAUAAUUUGGUGGUAGAAGGGACUUUUGAUGAUUGUCAGGAUAUCGUGAAAACCUUAUUCAAUGAUACCCUAUUUAACCAAAAAUUUCAUUUGGGUGCGGUCAAUUCGAUCAAUUGGGCCAGAAUACUCGCUCAAAUAGUCUAUUAUUUUCACUCAUACUUUCAAUUACUUGAUUCUUUAAAUCUUACACCUGAUUCUCACAAUAUUUCUGGCGUAAAGUUACAAUAUAUAGUGCCCACGGGAAAUUUUGGUGAUGUACUUUCAGGCUAUUAUGCCAAGCAAAUGGGAUUGCCGAUUGACUCGUUGGUUAUUGCUACAAAUUCCAACGAUAUUUUAGAUCAAUUUUAUAAGAAUGGCAGAUACGAGAAUUCGGGUGUGGUUGAAACUCUUAGUCCAGCGAUGGAUAUUACAGUGUCAAGUAAUUUUGAAAGAUGGUUAUGGUACUUGGCAUAUGAAGAGACUGAGCAUGACGAAGAAAUAGACAAAAGAGUAAAUCGUGCAGGCAAAGGAUUGCUAAUUGGAGAUGUACUUCAAAAAAUUGUACGUCGUGAUUUCAAUAGUGCCCGGGUAACAGAUCAAGAGACGUUGGACACAAUUAAUCGUUAUUACUCUUGCAAGUCUAAAGACCAGCUUUCCCCGUACGUUCUUGAUCCACAUACCGCAGUAGGUGUGACUGCAGCGGAAAGACAACAUGUGACUAGUGAAAUAUAUCAAAUAUGCUUGGCAACAGCACAUCCCGCAAAAUUUUCCGAUGCUGUUGAAAAGGCACUUGAAAAUAUACCUUCUUUUAGAUUUGAUGCAAUCACACCUCCUGAAUUUAAAGGGUUACUGGAGAAGAAAAAACGAAUCAGCCAUGUAGAUCGUGCUGAUCCAGAACUAGUAAGAGAGAUUAUAGAACGCGAGUUGAAAAGUUAA